CUUCAUUCAUACUUUAAGCUAAAAACUCGUAUUUGAAAGCUACACGAAUUCGAAUUAGGUUUUCUUGAGAGACAAAUUUGGGGGAAAAAUGGCGUCAGAAGGAGUUGUUAUCGGCUGCCACACCGUCGACCAAUGGACGGAGCAGUUUGACAAGCACGUCGGCUCUACCAAAUUGGUGGUUGUGGAUUUCACAGCCUCAUGGUGUGGUCCAUGCCGUGUGAUUGCACCAGUGUUGGCUGAGCUUGCUAAAAAGAUUCCCCAUGUUACCUUCCUUAAGGUUGAUGUUGAUGAACUUGAGAGCAUUGCUCAGAAGUACUCAGUGGAGGCAAUGCCAACAUUUCUGUUCUUCAAGAAUGGAGAGAUAGUGGACAAAGUUGUGGGUGCUAAGAAAGAUGAACUUAGUGCAUGUGUUGCUAAACAUGCAGGAGAGGCUACUGUUUCUGCUUAAUGUAUUUUAAAUAUGAAUGAUUGUGAGCAACUUUUUAUGUAACCAUGUUUAUGACUUGUGGUUUAUCUUUAUGCAUAAAUGGAAGUUGUUGUGAUGUGAAGAAAA